UUCUCCGUACACAUGGUGGCCCCAUACGAACCUAUGGUUGCAGUUCCAUUUCCAAUGUUCCCGAUGGUGUGGCCCGCCUGAGUGGUAAAUUUAGCUAUUUUUGGCCCCUGGACGCGGAAUCCAGGAAAACACUUGAUGGACGGAAUGGAUUUCUGGCCUCAUACGGCGUAAACAGGUAUUGCAGAGUAUUCCCGUCGGUUGGAUGACACAGACGUAUCAAAGUGGCCCCACGCAAUUCAUGCACUCAACCCCGCAGAUUUUAUAAAAUACCGUUCGCGCCAGCGGCCUCACGCAUCAUCGGACUCUCGUAGGGUUUAUUAGAAGGCGAAAGCAGGCAAAGAGGCAUAGAAGGGUUUUUGCAGGAAAGAGAGAAGCAGCAAGCAAUGGGAGUUUUAGACGUCGAUAACGAUGGCAAGUUCUCCUCCGUGUCCAUCAAAUCUCUUGCAGCUCCUGUGAAAUCGGCCGUUGACAAGUUCCAGCUUCUUCCUGAAUUUCUUAAGGUUCGUGGGCUUGUCAAACAACACAUCGACUCCUUCAAUUAUUUCGUCAAUUGUGAGAUCAAGAAGAUCAUUCAUGCCAAAGACAAUGAGUGUAUCACAUCUAGUGUCAUUCCUGAAUUGUAUCUCAGAUUUACUAAUAUCUACAUAGGCGAGCCAUCUAUGAUGGUUGAAUUCUCUGAGGAGAAGCUUACACCCCACCAAUGCCGCCUUUCUGACACGACUUAUGCUGCUCCCAUAAGGGUUGAUAUACAGUACACAAAAGGAAAGGAUGGUCAGAGAAUGGAAAAGAGAGGAGUUACAAUUGGGCGAAUGCCAAUUAUGUUACGGAGUUGCCGCUGUGUUUUAAGUGGAAAGGAUGAAGCUGAACUUGCAAAACUUGGUGAGUGCCCCCUCGAUCCGGGUGGAUAUUUUGUUGUUAAAGGAACUGAGAAGGUGAUUUUGAUUCAAGAACAACUUUCCAAAAAUCGAAUAAUUAUUGAUACUGACAAAAAGGGACGGGUAACAGGCUCUGUUACUAGCAGCACACAUGAAAGGAAAAGCAAGACAGUGAUUGUCAUGGACAAAAAGAAGAUAUAUUUACAGCUCAAUGCAUUUAGUAAAAUGAUUCCUAUCAUGGUGAUCAUGAAGGCAAUGGGAAUGGAGAGUGAUCAGGAGGUAGUGCAAAUGGUUGGUAGAGAUCCUCAGUACAGUGUCCUCCUUCAACCAUCAAUGCAGGAAUGUGCAUCAGAGAGGGUAUAUACACAAGAACAGGCGUUAGAGUACCUUGAAGCAAAGGUGAAGAAGUCGGCUUUCUUAAAUGAUCGGAGCGAAAAGGAAGCUGGUGCAAUGGGUGUACUUCUUAAUCUCUUUCUUGCUCAUGUCCCAGUUCAUCAAUAUAAUUUUCGUCCGAAAUGUAUAUACGUUGCUGUAAUUUUGAGACGCAUGAUGGAAGCGUCUUUAAAUGCAGAAACUAUUGAUGAUAAGGAUUAUGCGGGAAACAAGCGCCUAGAGCUAUCUGGGCAGUUAAUUUCUCUUCUUUUUGAGGAUUUGUUCAAGACGAUGUGUAGUGAGGUGAAAAGAAUUGUGGAUUAUUCACUUGGAAAGGCUAGUCGUUCUAGUCCUACAGACAUUUAUCAACAAUUAGUGAAGCGAGAUUACAUCACUUCAGGCCUGGAAAGGGCCUUAUCUACUGGGAAUUGGGAUGUCAAACGGUUUAGGAUGAACAGGAAAGGCAUGACACAGGUUGUUUCUAGACUCUCAUUCAUUGCAGCUUUGGGUCACAUGACAAGAAUCUCGCCACAAUUUGAGAAGUCUAGGAAAGUAAGUGGACCAAGGGCAUUACAACCUAGUCAGUGGGGCAUGCUUUGCCCUUGUGAUACACCUGAAGGUGAAGCUUGUGGAUUGGUGAAAAACCUAGCAUUGAUGACCCAUGUUACAACUGAUGAAGAGGAGGGCCCAUUAAUUACUCUGUGUUACAGCUUGGGUGUGGAAGACUUAGAAUUGCUGUCAGGAGAAGAGCUUCAUAGAUCGGACUCGUUUUUGGUUAUAUUCAAUGGGCUUAUUCUCGGCAAACACAGGCAGCCACAGCGUUUUGCUAAUUCUGUGAGGAAAUUACGGAGAGCUGGUAAAAUCGGGGAAUUUGUUAGUGUCUUUGUAAAUGAAAAACAGCGUUGUGUUUACGUCGCUUCAGAUGGAGGUCGUGUAUGUCGCCCACUUGUUAUUGCUGACAGAGGCAUAUCUAGGGUGAAGGAACAUCAUAUGAAGGAACUGCAGGAUGGAGUCCGCGUUUUCGAUGAUUUUAUACGUGAGGGUUUGGUUGAAUAUCUUGAUGUUAAUGAGGAGAACAAUGCUCUGAUUGCUUUGUACGAGGGCGAAGCUGGACCUAAAACAACGCAUAUAGAAAUCGAGCCUUUCACUAUCUUAGGGGUUUGUGCGGGACUAAUUCCUUUUCCUCACCACAACCAGUCACCUCGAAAUACAUAUCAGUGUGCAAUGGGAAAACAAGCUAUGGGCAAUAUUGCUUAUAACCAGCUAUGUCGGAUGGACACUUUACUUUACCUGUUAGUGUAUCCUCAAAGGCCCUUGCUGACAACAAGAACUAUCGAGCUGGUUGGUUACGAUAAGCUCGGAGCGGGGCAGAAUGCAACAGUUGCAGUUAUGAGCUAUAGUGGCUAUGAUAUUGAGGAUGCAAUAGUCAUGAACAAAUCAUCUCUUGAUCGUGGUUUUGGCCGUUGUAUUGUAAUGAAAAGGACGACUGCCAUCAAACAAACAUAUCAAAAUAAGACAUCAGACAGAAUAAUCAGGCCUAGACGUGGUCCUGAUCUGGACCCUCAUAUGCAGAUACUAGAUGCUGAUGGAAUUGCUGCUCCAGGAGAAAUAAUUAGACCAAAUGACAUCUAUAUCAAUAGACAGACGCCUAUUAAUACAGUAGCAACUUUUAGUAAUCCAUCGGAAUUACCAGACAGUGCAUACAAGUUCACUCCACAGAAGUACAAAGGCCCUCAAGGGGAGACAACUGUAGUUGAUAGAGUGGCACUCUGCUCAGAUGUUCAUCAUAAUUUAUGCAUCAAAUUUAUACUUCGUCAGACCCGUAGACCAGAGGUAGGUGACAAAUUUAGCAGUAGACAUGGACAAAAAGGUGUUUGUGGCACCAUUGUUCAGCAGGAAGACUUUCCGUUUUCUGAACGUGGUAUAUGCCCUGAUUUAAUCAUGAAUCCUCAUGGAUUUCCAAGUCGAAUGACAAUUGGGAAGAUGAUAGAGCUUCUUGGUGGCAAAGCUGGGGUAUCAUGUGGUAGGUUCCAUUAUGGUAGUGCAUUUGGGGAACCAAGUGGCCAUGCAGAUAAAGUUGAAGUUAUAAGUGACACCCUUGUGAGGCACGGGUUUAACUACAGUGGGAAGGAUUUCAUCUAUUCAGGUAUCACAGGGUAUCCACUCCAAGCAUAUAUAUUCAUGGGUCCAAUUUACUACCAGAAGUUGAAACACAUGGUUUUGGAUAAGAUGCAUGCCCGAGCUAGAGGACCCCGUGUGAUGCUAACUAGACAACCUACAGAAGGAAGAAGUCGUGAUGGAGGACUGCGGUUAGGAGAAAUGGAGCGUGAUUGUUUGAUAGCUUAUGGUGCUAGCAUGAUGAUCUUUGAGCGCUUGAUGCUCUCUAGUGAUCCCUUCCUGGCUCAGGUAUGCCGGAAGUGUGGCUUGUUAGGCUAUUACCAUCAUAAGCUUAAAACUGGCUAUUGUUCAACAUGCAAAAAUGGGGACAAUGUCUCACAGAUGAAACUUCCGUACGCUUGCAAGCUCCUCUUCCAGGAGCUGCAAUCAAUGAAUAUCGUCCCUCGCUUGCAACUAGCUGAUCCCUAAUUGACAUGGGUACACAUGGUCUGCAAAUAUAUGAAAGGGUCCCGAAAGUGGGUGGCAAAACCACUUGAUGCAGUUUGUUGAUUUUCUGAAUAUCUUUCCAUUGAAGAUGAUGGUUCAGUGCAAGCACAGGGCCAUGAAAAGCCACAAAAUUAUCAGGUAGAGCUUUAAAUUUACAUGAUAACUGUUUCUUUGAAAAAAUAAAAAAGAAAAAAAGAAGGAUGAUUUACAUAUGCAUUUGUACCUGGAUGAGACGAUCUAAGGCGACCGUCACCAUUAUAAUGGCAGUUAUAACAGUUUUGACAUCGGUAGUUUUUAUCUAUUUUUAAGCCAUGGAGGACUCUCUCUUGUUGAUUAUAUUUCAUUUGGAAUUGUCUUCCACUUUUCUUAUGUUAUUUUUUUCACCAAUUGUUUCCGUUUAAACCCAAUGGAAGGAUAAAGAUUCGCUAUUGUUUGGUGAA